ACUAACAAGUGAUGGAAAGCACAUGACUUUUAAUGAUAUGAUAUUUAUUUGCUGUUAUAUUAGUGACUGUUUGUGUUAUAUUUGAUUCAAUGCAUUGACUAUGUGUUGUGUAUUACUUAUUGCGUCUAAUGUAUAGUACAUGUAAUGUAUAUUAAUAUGUGUUAAAGUGUAGUACUGUUUGUAUUAUAGUGUGAUUUGAGCGCCACUACAGUCACUCAUAUCAAGCAUUGAAUGCAUUAAUGUAUUGAAUAUUGUGUUGAAUUGGUGUCAAAAUGGCAGUAAUCAUACAAAUAUUGGAUGACUGGCCAACUGGUCAUUACCAUUGACCACAAGUGUGUCAUAAAUAUUAUCGUUUGAAUGGUUGUCGACCCUAUGAGUGGCCACAAAAUGCAUAGUCUAUCGUCAAAAGUGGCCGUUUUCCUGAUGAACAGCAGCGGUCAAUGCGGUUAUCAAUACUUGCCGACCAAUAUCUGUGACAAAGUGACCACAAUUAUCAACAACAAUAAGAUGAACAACAAGUAUAGGACUAUUUCACAUAAUAAGCACAAUGUGUCCAUCGAUACCAUCAUCUAUGAGAUGAUCUUCGGUUCCGUUGCACUCAACUCUUGUGCGAAGAACUCAUCGAAAAUUCAUGGCUUAAGUCAUGACUUAUUAAUCACUUCAUUCAUCUUUCAAAUUGAUUUCUCUAAUGGUAAAAUUGUUCAUAAAAAAUAUGGUUUAGCCAUCAUAUGGAAUAUCGAUGAAAAUGACGAUAUGUUAAGACAACUGAUACUUAAGGAGUCACUUAUUAUUGAUUCAUUGAUAUCUGAAUUACGAAAUGAUUUAAUUAAUAGCCGAUUAAAAGCUCCAAAAGAUAUACAUAAAUGUGUCUCAAAAUUUAUGAAAUUAGUUAAUGAUUAUCUAUCAGUUUGCAGACUUACAUCAAAUAUAACUGAUGACCAAUUCAUAGAUGAAUUAAUAGAUUUAAUUAAUAAAUAUGACACAAAAGCGACAAAUUUUUUUGUAUCUACAAUCUUGACGUCAAUACUUAUGUUUAAAUAUAAGUCUCACAAAAUGAAACUUAUUUUAUGGUCUAACGAUGUAAAUAAGAUAUCAUUAAUAUCGCAACUCCUUAUAGUCAUCAAUCAGUUCCUAAAAUCUAAAACAAAGACAAUCUCUUAUACUUCACCACAAACGAAGUCAAUCAAGUUUUGCCAUAAUUUUAGUGCAAUUAAAAGGAGUUGUUGUGUAACACCAAUAACUAAAAGUAUAAUAAGUGAACGCAAGAGUCGUGACGAGAGUCUCGGUUAUGAAAGUCUUACCGAAAGUGGUUCGACCACUACUUCCACUAUUUGUGACUACACUGGCUUUGCCUACAAGUCAUUGGAUGCUUCAACUCCUUUGGAACAAUCAUUGGAACAAACAGUUGAAGGUUUAGACAACGAUAUAGUUGUUGAUCUGAACGAUAAAGUAAUUGAAACCAUUGAAGAGCAGAGAUCGGAUCAAUUAAAUAAAUCUCGCAAUUAUUUUCGUGAAUAUCGUAACUUGAGAUUCACUGAUAACGAUUCGUUUAAUUAUUGUCACGACGACGACAUAGACAUUAUAUCUUCAGCCAACUCAGACACUUGUCUUACAUUUGGUGAUAACAGUGUAGACAUUAAUAGUUCAUUUACUAAAUCAUUUAAAGAUGAAGACUAUGAAACUGAUACUAUCACUGAUGUUGAGGAGAUAUGUGAAUCUUGUUUAGUAUCAGGUUUUGGUGCCAUAUCUAUGCCAGAACUCAUUCCUGACUAUAGUGUUGGUGACAAUGAUAUAUCAUUAUCACAAUUACCUAUCAUUACGGAUACAUUUUUGAGUCAAAUGUCACUUCAAGGUAUAAUUAGUUCAAAGACAAUGAGAUCUUAUGAAGAUAUGUUGUCUGAAUGUUUGAAAAAAUGUUCGCAAGACUUGAACGACAAUACAGUUAUUGUAUGUGACUGUGACUUAUGGCGAAUAAAUUAUAUCGAAAAUAGUUGGACUUCUUCGGCAAUAAUGAGUCCAAUCAUUGGACAACUUUGCGAAAACAUAUCUGACUUAUAUUCUCUUCGCAUGAAUUCUUCAUUUAUUAUUAAAUUCAUUGACAAUAAAAUCAAUGAACUAAUUCUGAAGUCAAUUGUUCUCAAAAGUCUCGUUGAGAGUAAUUGUUUUGUUGAUAAUCAACGCAAACAAAAUUUUCUCCAUUUAUUUGAUAGAGAGUCUAAACAAUCAUUUUUAUCACUUAUUUCUUGCAAUUAUUUCAGCGAUUUUUCGUCAAAUGAUUGUUUAAAACUUGGUUUUGAUGUCAGAGAUAUUCCAGUCAUUAUUGCAUUAAAUAAAAAUUUAUUAAUUAAUUAUAAUUAUUAUAAUCUUAAACAAAACUACGACCGAAAUGAAGCUCUUUUUGUCGAAACAAUUCUGUGA